CGUGUCAAGAAACGAGUUUCAUCAUCUCGAACAAACUAGCACGUGUCUCGUCGCUUUCCGGCCCGCAUCCAAAUGGAAAGUCACACCACUCUUCAUCCGGCAAAAGUGCUCUUGGCAGACCAGCCUUUUUGAUUUUCACACCCGAGCCCAAGCCAGAUGCAGCAGCCGGGGAAGCCCAGGGUUUGCAUUGACCGCCCUGCUGACAAAGACCCACCCUAGAGGCAGAUCGCCAAUCAUGUUCUUCCCACUCUGGUGCCUCAGGCUGCUCGAGUAUCCCUGUCAAGCUAGACCCUAGCGCAGGUCACCCUUGAAUCGCAAGCUCUUUGCGGUUGGAAAGCCUUCUGCCAUUUCUGAUUCGCCUUGCCCGUGAAGCUUCCGUCGUCCCCAGAGACCGACCAGCCCAGCGCUGCGAGCGAGCGUGAGCCUUCCCUUUCUUACUUCUCCAUCCAUCUCUAGGCUUUGUGUCCCUUUCCUUUCCUUUCCUUCCCUCUCACCCACACACCAUUUAAGUACACACCGCACUUCUUCCCUUCUCAUAUCAUCCUCUUACUCUUCUUUUCUCUCCCUUCCCUCACUUCCUUCUUCCACUUCUGACGUCUCAAUUCCUCUUGGGACUUCCACCGAUUGUACCUCUACUCUUCUUCUAUCAUUCAUAUCAUCUCAUCUCAUCAUGAGAUCGUUCGAGCAAUCAUACUCCUCUGAUCCUGUCCUCACUCUACCGGCUCAACACCCUCACCAAGCGCCAGUGAAGCUCUACAGUUCUCCAUUCCCCACUUGAACACCAGACAUUGAUUACUCUGUAGUCUUCGUUCAACAUGGAUUCGAAUCGACCAGUCUUCAACACUCCAUUCACCAACAGCAUCCACCAGUCGCCAGCGAACUCCUCCUGGUCAAGCUUGACACCAACCCAGUCCACACCGCGAUCCGCUGCUGGUAGAAAGCGAUCAAGAGACGAAGCUUCCUCGAAUCUCGAAGAGGAUUACUUCCAAGUUCCAGUGCCUGUCAUCCCCGAGCCUGAGAACGAGGAUGAAUGGGAAUACGGAGAGGGCAUGGUGUUGAUCAAGAAGGGCACAGGGUACGUCACUGACUCAACGAGCCAGACCGGUACCUGGCAAGAAGAAAAGGCUGCGGAAGAGCAAGCGAAGUUAGCCGCUCAGAUCGCUGCCGCCGCGGAGAGACCAGUGAUUCGAGCUACCAAGAGUCAACGGCUGAACCUGAGCGCAACGCCUGCUAUCCCAGAGGAGGUCUCCCAAGAAGCUGCGUCUCCCGGUGGAUCGCCAGAACGUCAUACAGAGCCUACCGUUGAUAUGUUCACACUCCACUUGGGCAUCGGAUGGUCUUCGAUGGAUAAUGCGGGACCAGACAUUCAGGCUGCAGCCCGAGGCUGGGCAAAGUUCAUCGAAAACCACUUCCCUGUAACCAAUGCGAAGAUACAGCUUCAGAGCAAAGGAUUAUCAAGCUAUCUCGUCGAGGCGAAUGAGGGAUACUUUCUCUUCGGCGAAGAUCUCAAGCAAGGACGACUUGUCAGUACCAGCCUCGAGAGACUUUGGGUCAAUCUGAGAGGUCCUGCUCCUGUCUUCGAUGGUGACUUGGUCAUGGAGGCUGGCCAGACUCCUAAAAUUGACGCGCAACUACUCGUCGAGGGCGCUAUGAACGGAAUUCCGGUCGUUGGGGUCGCAAAUGGCAUCAAUCCACCUUUUGGGGGAGAACAAACAAUCAAUGGAAUGACUGAUGUUGUUGACUCGCCAAUCACCAACGGGGGAGUUAGUUCGAAUGGGAUUGUUGGCAACGGGGUACAAGUGAUGAAUGGAAUCGCAUCGGCCAAUGACAUUGGCAAUCUGAAUGGCGUACAUAAGCCACCUCAAUCAAUUGAGGUAGAAAUGGAUAUGAGUUAACGGCUAUAUCACGACACAUUGGACGGGGUAUAAAAAUUUGGGCGGGACCUGCUUCGAUCUGGAGUUCAGCUGGCUAUUGCAUUUAGGUUGGUCGGGGAGGGUCUCAGAGAAGGGACAAAGCAUUUGUACAAUAUUUCUGGGAUCAUUGGGAAGGAUGUUUGGCGGUAGGCAGCUGGAGGCAAAGUUACGGCCUUUAGCUACGCAGCAAUUAGCAUCGACAGCCUUCGGAAGCAAAAGUCGGUCAAUCAGUGAAUACAUGAUAUAAUAAAAACGAUUCCAA